CAAUAUUUAUCCAGAAUUGCACAUGUAAUUUUGUAUAUUUUCAAAGAUGUUUUUACAAAGUUUGACAACUUUUAUUAAGAAAAAGAAAAAUUAUGCUGAGAAAUUUGCGUCUUUUGAGAUUGAUAAAGAACCAAACAAAGAUGAAUACAAAAGAAUUUUAGAUAUUUUGUGUGAACUCUUAAUGAAUCCAAAAUCUACAGAAGAUGUUGCUGAAUGUUUUCCACAAUUAUUGCCUAUAUUAAUCUCUACAAGUAUUUCAAUGGAAAAAAUUUCUUUUGAUGAUGGAGAUUCACUUCAUAAAUUAAAUUCUGUCAUUUUAGGAAAAUUACUUUGCAAAAAUCAAGAUCUGUUAAUAUUUGUUCUACAUUAUUUUGAAUUAAAUCCAGCUCCAUUUGAAUCUAUAGAAGUUGAUUAUAGUCCAUCUUCAAAGCGACGUAAUAAACGAAAAAUAAUAUCUUUUAUAGAAGUAUCUGAUUAUGAUUUAGUAACUGCUUGUUAUGAUAUUCUAUGUAGUGCUUCAAUGCAUUUUAAGUACAUAUGGAAUUGGUCUAAAUUUUAUAAAUAUUUAAUUCAUGAAGAUGAAGGUGUUAGAUGGAUAGCAAUAAAUUGUAUUGCUGUUGUGUUAGGAAUGUCGGAAUCUUGCUAUUUAGCUCAUGCAAAUGAUUUUCUUUCAAAAAUUCAACAAUUCUCUAUUGAAAGUAAAGAAAUUAAUAAAAAUAAUAUAACAUUUGAAGAUACCAAAGAAAUAGAUCAAAUUUUUGACGUACCUUCAGUAGUAUCUAUUGGAGGAAUAUUACUUCCAGUAUUUAAAAAAUCUAAAUGUAAAAAUGAUUUAAAUCUAGUUCCUGUACCAUCUACACGACAAAAUUUGCAGAACUUGGCUUUUGCAAUAUCUUCAAAUAAUUGUGUAUGUUUACAAGGUGCAGUUGGUUCAGGAAAGACUGCAUUAGUAGAAUUUUUAGCGCAUGCUACUGGCCAUGAUACACAAAAUUUUGCAAAAGUACAAUUAGGUGAUCAAACAGAUUCUAAAAUGUUAUUGGGAAUGUACAGAUGUACUGAUAUUCCUGGAGAAUUUUUAUGGCAACCAGGGAUAUUGACUGAAGCUGUGUUAUCUGGCAAAUGGCUACUUUUGGAAGAUAUUGAUUGUGCUGCUUCAGAUGUUCUUAGUGUAAUUGGACAACUUGUAGAAACUAAAACAUUAUCAGUUCCUGGUUACAGAGAUUUAAUACACAUAAAAAGUGGAUUUCAAUUGUUUGUUACAAGAAGAUUGAUUUCUGGAGGAACACAAAAAUCACUUCAAAUGCCAAUACAGAAAGAAUGGUCUUGUGUUAAUGUAGAAUCUUUAUCAAAAAAGGAACUUGUGACAAUAGUUCAAACUUUAUUUCCAGUAUUACAUACAGUAGCUACAAGAAUUGUUGAUGUAUUUUUAUUAUUUUCUGUUGGAAAUCAUGAAGAUGAAAUUGAAAUGAAUAAUAUGAAGAAUUCUAGACAAAUCUCUACUAGGGAUUUGAUUAAGUGGUGUUCCAGAGCUAUUAUUGAUUUUGAUGUAUCUUCACCUAGUUCGGCAUUGAAGAUCUUCCAAGAUGCUUUAGAUGUUUUUUGUUGUUCUAUGUCAAAUUCUGUACAACGUUUAAAUUUGGCAAUAGCAGUAGCACAUAAAUUAGGUAUUGUAAAAACAAAAGCUGAAUUUUUUGCUGAAAUACAUAAACCAUCUGUAAAUGUUCACGAAAAAUGUCUCAUUGUUGGUAGAGCAAAGUUAGAAAUAAAAAAAUCUGACAAGGUUAAAUUAGAAUCAAAAAAUUCAAAUUUUUCUUAUACAAGACCAUCUGUUUGUCUUUUAGAACGAAUAGCUAGUUGUAUUAUUCAAAAAGAACCAGUUCUUUUAGUUGGAGAGACUGGAACAGGCAAAACAAGUUGUGUACAAUAUCUUGCGCAAAUAACAGGCCAUAAAUUAAUAGUAAUAAAUAUGAAUCAACAAAGUGAAAGUACAGAUUUACUUGGUGGUUAUAAACCAGUAGAUCUUAAACUUUUGAUCCUUCCAAUUCGUGAAGAAUUUGAAAUUUUAUUUCGAUCAUAUUUUGCAAUUGAACCAAAUCUAAAAUUUUUGAAUCAUAUCGGAUAUUGCUUUGAAGAAAGAAAAUGGAAGACAUUGACUACUUUAAUGAUUCAUAGCACUAAUGCUGCUUUAAGAAGAUUGAGAGCAUCUAUGAAAAAUCAAGAUGAAGUAGAAAUUUUAAAGAAAUGGGAAAAAAUAGCACAGAAAUUAGAAAAACUUCAAUCUCAAGUGCAAAGUCAAUAUUCCUUAGCAUUUUCUUUUGUAGAAGGUAGUUUAAUAAAAGCAUUAAAGAAUGGAGAUUGGGUUUUAUUAGAUGAAAUUAAUUUGGCUACUGCAGAAACAUUGGAAUGUCUUUCUGGUUUAUUGGAAGGAUCUUGUGGAUCUCUAUCUUUAUUAGAGCGUGGAGAUAAAGAACCUAUAAAAAGACAUAAAGAUUUUGCAAUAUUUGCUUGUAUGAAUCCUGCAACAGAUGUUGGUAAAAAAGAUUUGCCAGUAGGAUUGAGAAAUAGAUUUACAGAAUUUUUUGUCGAUGAACUUAUAGAGAAGUCAGAUUUACAACUUUUAAUAAGUUCAUAUUUGAAUGAUUUAAAUCUUUCAUCAGGAAAAAUUGAAAGCAUUGUCAAAUUUUACUUAAAUGUCAGAAAAGAAGCAGAAACUACUCUUCUUGAUGGAACUGGACAUAAACCACAUUAUAGUUUGAGAACUUUGUGUCGUGCUUUAAAUGUAUCUGCACAAAAUCCUUGUGCAAAUGCAGUGAGAUCUUUAUAUGAGGCAUUUUGUUUAAGUUUUCUAACACAAUUAGAUAGUAAUUCUUAUCCAAUAGUACUAAAAAUGAUAGUUAAAGCUAUUUUAGGAGAUAAAAAUGCGAGUGCUAUUAUUGGAAUUCCAAUUCCAAGACCACAUGGUUUUGCUGAUAAUUUUAUCUGCUUUGAAGGCUAUUGGAUUCCUAAAGGUGACCUUGAUCCACAAAUUCCAGAAAAUUAUAUUCUUACAGAAACAGUCAAACAAAAUUUAAAGGACUUAGUACGAGUAGUAUCAAUAGGUAAAAUACCUGUACUAUUGCAAGGUGACACUUCUGUUGGAAAAACUAGUUUGAUUACAUAUUUGGCAAAAGCUUCUGGACAUGUCUGUGUUAGAAUUAAUAAUCAUGAACACACUGAUUUGCAAGAAUAUGUUGGUACUUAUAUAGCUGAUUCUACUGGAAAAUUGGUCUUUAAAGAAGGUAUUCUAGUAGAUGCUAUGCGAAAAGGAUAUUGGAUAAUUUUGGAUGAAUUAAAUUUAGCACCUAGCGAUGUUUUAGAAGCUUUGAACCGAGUUCUUGAUGAUAAUAGAGAAUUGUUUAUUCCUGAAACUCAACAAGUUGUAAAAGCACAUAAUAAUUUCAUGUUAUUUGCUACUCAAAAUCCUCCAGGUUUAUAUGGUGGAAGAAAAAUGUUAUCACGUGCAUUUCGAAAUAGAUUUGUUGAGUUACAUUUUGAUGAAAUUCCAUCUAAAGAACUUCAAGUAAUUUUGCAUAAAAGAUGUAAAAUGCCAGAAACGUAUUGUAAACAAGUAAUUAAUGUAAUGACAGAACUUCAAGUACGAAGAAAGAGUACUGCAACUUUUGCUGGAAAAAAGGGUUUUAUAACUCUUAGAGAUUUGUUUCGUUGGGCUGAAAGAUAUCAUCUCGCACCCGAUACUGGAGGCACUUUGUAUGAUUGGAGUCAACAUUUAGCUGAUGAAGGAUAUUUAGUUCUUUCUUCAAAAGUUCGUCAUCCUGAUGAAUGUUUAGAAAUCAUACAAGUGUUAAAGAAACAUUUAAGAAGAGAUGUUGAUCCAGAUGCUCUAUUUUCACUUUCCGAAAAAACUUCUACCGUUACUAAACCAAUUUUGGAAUCUCUUUUGUCAAAAAAGAUCCCAGGAUUUGAACAUUUAGUUUGGACAUAUCAAAUGCGUAAAAUGGCAGUACUUCUUUCAAAAGCCUGUGAUUUCAAAGAGCCAAUUCUUCUAAUUGGUGAAACAGGGGGUGGCAAAACUACAGUUUGUCAACUAUUGUCUGUAAUUAGACAACAGGAACUUAGUAUUGUCAAUUGUCAUAUGCAUACAGAAGCUUCAGAUUUUCUUGGAAGUCUUCGUCCAGUUAGAGAACAUGGAGAAAAUCAGAAAUUGUUUGAAUGGGUUGAUGGUCCUUUAGUAAAAUCUAUGAAAACUGGAGGCUUUUUUUUGAUAGAUGAAAUUUCUUUAGCGGAUGAUAGUGUACUUGAGCGAUUGAACUCUCUUUUAGAACCUGAACGUAAACUUUUAAUCGCUGAAAAACCAUCGUCCGAAGAAAAUGCAACAGUCACUGCUCAUGAAAAUUUUAUUUUUGUUGGUACAAUGAAUCCUGGCGGUGAUUACGGUAAAAAAGAACUUUCACCAGCGCUUAGAAAUAGAUUUACGGAAAUUUGGUGCGAAGGUUGUGUUUCAAUGGAUGAUCUUAAAUGCAUUAUAGAACAUAAUUUACACAAAGAAUUCAAGAAAAGUGUUUCUACAGCGAUAAUAGAGUUUAUUAAAUGGUUACAAUCUAUGGAAAUAGGAAAGAAACUUGUUGUUAGUGUCAGAGAUAUACUUACAUGGGUCAAUUUUGUUAAUUGUUGUGAAAAUUUAAAAAUAGGAGAUGCCUUCUUCCAUGGUGCAGCUUUAAGUUAUAUUGAUGGACUUGGAUCUGGUUUGACCGCUGCAGAAAAUUCAACAAAAUUAAAAGAUUUUAAGGAUUCAGCAUUGAAAUUUAUUGAACAGCAAAUACAAAGUACAUUAAAAUCUGAAUUAAUAUUAAAUUAUAAGGAAUUUGAUAUUGAAUACCAUAAAGAUAAAUUUGGAAUUCAUCCAUUUUACGUGAAGAAGGGAAAUGAACAAAUUCCAAGCAAUAUACAAUUUGCUUUUUCAAGUCCAACAACAAAAAUGAAUACUUUAAAAGUUUUACGCGCUUUACAAUUAAGGAAACCAAUCUUAUUAGAAGGUAGUCCAGGAGUUGGCAAAACUAGUUUAGUUUCUGCACUUGCUAGAGCAUCUGGACAUCAUCUUCUUAGAUUAAAUCUAAGUGAUCAAACAGAUAUUUCGGAUUUGUUUGGAGCUGAUUUACCAGUGGAAGGAGGGAAGCCUGGCGAAUUUUCAUGGAAGGAUGGUCCCUUUUUAAGAGCUCUUAAAAAUGGAGAUUGGAUUCUUUUAGAUGAAUUAAAUCUUGCAUCCCAGUCAGUUCUCGAAGGAUUAAAUGCCUGUCUUGAUCAUCGUAGUGAAAUUUAUAUUCCAGAAUUAGGAAUGACUUUUAUUGUGAAAUCAGGAACUCGAUUAUUCGGCUGUCAAAAUCCUCUUCGUCAAGGUGGAGCUAGAAGAGGCCUUCCAAAGUCAUUUUUGAAUCGUUUUACACAAGUUUUUAUAGAUGCUCUCGAACAAAGCGAUUUAAAGUUCAUUCUAAAUGUUCAAUUUCCGGAGUUAUCAGAAGAUUUACUCGAUAAGAUGAUACAAUUUAAUGAAGAAUUAAGCUCUCAGAUUGGAAUUACCUGGGGCCAUUCAGGAUCACCUUGGGAAAUGAAUCUUAGAGAUGUUACCAGAUGGUGUGAAAUAAUGAUGGCAAAUUUUAAAUUAAGUAAAGAAAAAAUAUUCAAUCCUGGAAAUGGUGCUCAGUUAAUUUAUAUAAAUAGAAUGAGAACAAAUGAAGAUAAAAAGAAGAUAAUCGACAUAUAUAACAGGAUAUUUUCGCAGAAUGAUUGGCAUUUGCCAGAUCCAGAAUUUCCAAUUUAUUUGACAAAAGACAAGAUUUUUUUAGGAGAUGAAGUAUUGGAUCGUAACGAUUCUGCGAUUUAUGAAAACAAUGAUUUGCUACUUCUAAGGGAGCAGAAAAUUAUUCUUAAAGGACUUGCACAAUGUGUUAACAUGAAUUGGAUGUCUAUUCUCGUUGGAGGAUCUGGAACUGGGAAAAGUAGUCUCGUUCAUCUUCUCGCAAACUUGACUGGACGGAAGCUCAAAUCGCUUGUCGUAAAUCCUGCAAUGGACACUACGGAAAUUUUGGGUGGCUUCGAGCAAACCGAUUACGAUCGACACUUGGAGGAAUUGUUGGAGCGGGUGGAGACACUGUUGAUCGCAAUCCUGAGGAAGAAUUUGAGGAAGGAAAAUUUGGAUCAGGUGGCCCACUAUCAUGCCCUCCUGGAGAACGUUCGACAUUUGUCCAAAGAUGGCGAAGGGGAAACAAUGGAAACGACCAUGUCGUCCGAGACGAAGCUGUUCCUACGUAAAACCGAGGAAUUAUCGAGGCUCGUGUCCGCGAUGAAAAGGCUCGAGGUCCACUCGGAAUUACUCGAGAUCGAGAAAAAGCUGGCCGAUCUAUCGAUCGCCGUGAACAAGGACAGAUGCCUGAACGCCGGUGGAAAAUUCGAAUGGGUGGACAGCGUGUUGGUGAAAUGCCUGAGGAACGGCACGUGGUUACUGCUGGACCAGGUGAAUCUCUGCAGCCCGGCAAUUUUGGAUCGAUUGAAUGGGUUGCUGGAACCGAACGGCGCGCUAACGAUCGGGGAGAAGGGUGUCGAUGAGAAUGGGGACGUGUUCACGGUGACACCUCACAAGGACUUUCGCCUGUUCCUCGCUAUGGAUCCACGCCACGGGGAGAUAUCCAGAGCUAUGCGAAACAGGGGCGUAGAAAUUAGCAUACUGACCCCUCAAAAUCACGGGCCCCUCAAUCGAUUAGACGUUGUAUCUUUGUUGAACAACUGCGGGAUCUGGAAUUGGGCACAUCGUAAUUCGAUCCUGGAAAUUCAUCGAUCAUUGUACGACAAUCGGUACAGAUUGAACGAGAUGUUGCAAGUUGCUUCGUUCACCAGCCGACAGAUGUCGAAGGGAUUCUCAUUCGAAAGAUCGUUGAGGAACUCGUGUCGUGAGCUUUGUGGCACGUUCGAUGCGGGAUCGAGGCAUCAAGCUUGGGGAAAAAUCGAGGAAAUUUUGUCCGAGAGAAACGAGGAGAACGGAGAACGAGCCCAUUUCUGUUACGAUCUCGAUGCUCUCACGUUGAGAUUGCGCGAUCUUCGAACGAACUCGAGACUGGCGAUCAUCAAGCAGCAAGGAUUCCUUUUGAAGUCUGCCGUGGAGAAGUUCAGGGACGAUCCAGAGAAAAUCGAUCUUAGAGAUUUGUUCGAUGAAUCUCCCAUCACGGAUACAAAGGAGUUUUUAAAACAUCUUCUACUCGACUUUUACGAACGUUCUUCCAUAGACGAUCUACCUAUCAGACGAUUAUGGAGCUCAAACAUUUUCUCGAAGAACGAGUUGGACGAAUUGGAAAGAAUGAACGAAUGUUUGGCCAAGAAAGUGGAGAACUCGAAACUUUUAUUCGAGUUCGGUUCAGACGUCCCAUUGUAUUUGAUCGAACGUUCCACGCUCGCUAAUAAUUUGUCCAUUAAGCUCUACUUUCAAUUGAUGAUUCUCGAUCAUCAAUCGGGGAGAAGUAGAAACGUCGCAGACGACGACGAAGAUGUCAUUCGAUUGGAGGAAUAUUCGUCCGCCGUCUCCUCAGGAAGAUUGUCGACCAACUUGAGACACGAGACGUUGAUAUUGAAAUUCGCCGAGGUGACGGAACAGUGUCGAAUUAUCGUGGACACGAUCCUGGAACACGGAGACUUACCGAUAGACGAUAAAACGUAUCUUGAGUUACGGGACGAGUUGAAAUGGUACAAAAGGUUCCGCGAUCAAGGAGCUACGAGAUUGGUGGACAGAUCGCGGGGCACGUUCUUCGAUCUGCGCGAGAUCACCUCCUCGUUGACCGUCCAUUACAAAUGGUUGAUCAAAUCCUUCCGACGAUUGUUCGCCCUCCUCCCUCCCUCCUCCAACCACCAUCUCAGCCAACGAUUGUCCGAUUUUUCCACCCAAUUUUUCCACCUCCACAAGGGGGGGGACAAGUAUCGAAAAUUGCGGAAGAAGAUUAAGAACCGCCUCCCCUCCAUCCCUCCCCCCCACCUCUCCCACGAACGAAUCGCGUUCCUCGAGAAACUGAGAUCCGCAUCGAGGAAGUUGGAGAUGAACGAGGAGGAUUCGAUCGACUUGUCCAGGACCAGGUUGAAAAUCGCCUCGAUACGUCACGAGCAGAACUCGACAGCUAGGGAUAGAUUGAUGGGGAUGUGGAUCGAGGAUUGGAGGGGGAACGAUUGCUGCGAGGAGGAGGAGAUCCAUCGAGUGGACGAGAGUAUAUUGGAGUUGAGGGAGUCAGGGGGCGAGGAGAGUUCGACCAGUUCGUGGAGGGAAGGUGUCGAGCUGUGCCCCGUCUACGAGUUCUUCUUCCUAAUUUUCGCGUAUCGCUUUCAAGGAAGGUUGUGGGACGAGUGCUCGAGGGAUCGUCUCGAAGGGGACUUCAAAAGGGGUUGGAAAAUUUGGGAGGGGGGCGCGUUGAAGAUAUUCGAGGGGGUGGCGACGAUACCUGCGCGGUUGAUCGCCUUGAUGACGGCCCUGAACGAGGAGGCAACUCUGAGGGGGAAGAGGGUCCCUGCCUUGCUCCACGAGUUGUUCAACGGGGUCGAGGAUUUCACAGGGCGAUCCUUCUCCGCCGGGAACUCGAACGUUUUUCUACGCUGUUUGCGCGAGAACGAGGAGGAGGGCCGUGAUGAUUUCCAGACGAGUCUCGUGAACAAAUCGACCCUUUGCCAUCUCCUCUACGAGCUGUUCUUCCCCGGCCGAGGGGAGGGCGCCACUUUCGGGAACCACGAGAGCAGAAACAAAUUGCUACGCGCCGUCCGAGCCUUGCUAUGGAGGAACUCCUCCGCCCUCAACUCGGCCGAAUACGACGUGUCCACCAACGACUCCGUCCUCCUACGAUUUUACAUAAACCAUUACCUGUCCGCUGUGAACGAAAUCGUGGACGCGAUCGAGCUGAAUCCGACCGAGGAGGAGAACGUCGACUUGGCGAAUCGCCUCCUCUCCCCUGUGAACGCGUUGCGAGGCAUCGAGCAAAGAUUGAGAGCCGAGAACGACGCUGCGUCCAGGGGCAAGGGGUGGAUGUUGCUCGGCUGCGUCCAACUCUUCCUCUUCGCCGAUCUCGGAUCCAUCGAUCCGGUUCGAAAGGCGGCGUUGAGGUCGGCAUACCUUGGCGAGAACCUGGCCGAGUUGGACCGCUCCAUACUGAUCGGCCGCUUGCAAUCCGCGAUCUUGGGCGAGACCUGCAAACGUUCCUCGAUCGAUCGUUCGAACGAGGCCAGGGAUCGUUUCGAGAACUCGGCCCACCACCCGGUCAGGCCCACCUCGAGACCGUUCUCCGAUCUGAGGGAGGAGGUGGAGAAUUUCUCGAGCAACGUUGCCUCGUCUCGAUCCACGUUCGAACGGAUGGAAAGAUUGAGCGAGUUGGCGACGAGGGAAGAGGAGGCGCGGUCGAGGGAGGGGUUGCACGAGGCGGAGGUCUGGGGGAGGUCGUUGGAAAGGUUCUCGGCGAAGUUGGAGAGGAAGUUUCUCCCCGGCUUCCCGGACCUCGUCUCCCCCAUCCUCUCCGCCGUCUCGAGCCUCCGCCACGGGCUGUCCAUUUUGACGGCCCCCAACCACCCUCCAACCCCCUCUCACGAGCUCUUGCGCUUCCCCGUGGCAGGCAGGUGCCAAGAGGAUUACCUGAACCUGGUUAAGCUGUGCUCCUCGAAUGGGCUGACUGAUGCCGCCUCGAAGAUGGCCAAGAUCGCCCUCGCGGAGCUCGAGAAUUUGUCUCUGGCAGCCAGAAACGGGGGCGAAACGGGCUCUCUGAUGGACGAGCUGGUGAGGAUCCUGCAUGGGAUCAGGGUCGCGUGGAAGGAGCAGGAGAAGCGGAGGGAGGAGGAGGCGAGGGAGAGGGAGAGCCUGUUCAGAAGCAAGGGAGGGAAAAAGCAGGAAGAGGAGGAGGAGGAGGAGGAGGAGGAGUUCAGAGACAUGUUCCCGGACCACGGAUCCGCAGACUUCCUCGACUUCAAGGAACGGAUCGAGGGUAAUUCUAGAAAAGAGAGGAGAAGAACCGCCGAGGAGGAGAUAUCGUGGAGGGACGCGAGGAUCGUCCGCGAGAUUCACUCGAACGUGUUGCUGAAUUGCUCCACGGCCGAGGAUCGAGGAAUCGAGCCUGAUUUCCUCCGUCCCUUGGCCCAAAGGUACGAGUUGCUGGGGCGGGGGAUGAAGACUUGGCCAGAGGACGCCUCCUCCCGAUUGCUGCCCACUUUGAACGUGUUGAUCUCGAGAGGCUCCUCCUCCUCCCUUCGCGAAAGGGGAGAGACGUACAAUUUCUACAAGAAUCCGAACGUGGACGAGGUGGAACUCUGCCGCCCCCUGCUCGACCGACUCUUAAACAGGAUCGAGGAGCUGUCGAGGGAAUGGCCCGAGAACCCGUUGCUGAACUCGAUAAGAACGAUAAUCGACAGGGUGUUCGGUUUCCCGAUCGAGUCCCCUUUGUCGAGGUACCUGACAGGCGUGGAACUGCUGUUGACGAAGGUGAAGCAAUGGGAGGAGAACGCGCGCUACGACGUCAGUUUGGCCGGGUUCGUCGAGUCGCUCGGCGCCACGGUUCUACGUUGGAGGAGGCUCGAGUUCUCCAGGUGGAAGGACACGUUGCAACUGGUCGAGGACGAGUCGAGGGCGUAUGCCUCGAAAUGGUGGUUCCACCUGUUCGAUUUGACGGAGGAGUACGUGGCGAGCGGGGGCGGGUCGAGUAAGGGGAGAAUUAUAGAAAGUUUGCACCGUUUCUUCACCGAGUCCUGCUUGAUCGAGUUCGAGGACAGGCUCGAAUUGGUCCGUCUCUUCUAUCUCCACCACUCUAGCCUGGGUAAGAGGAGGGGGCAGGAGGAGGAGGGCAGGCGAAAGGAGCUGCUCGCCGUGCUGUGGAACGUUCACCUGUACUACGCCCGUUUCGUGGACCACGUUCGGGUGAGGGUAAAAGCCUCGAAGGAGCCGAUCGCCAAGAGGCUGAGGGACACGAUCAAGAUCGCGAGAUGGGAGGACUCGAGCUAUUGGUCGGUGAGGAACACGGCAGAGAAGACGAGGAGGACGUUGCACAAGUUCGCCAGGGAGUAUCGUAAAUGUUUGGGGGAGAGCGUAGCCGCUCACCUUGUGUUGAAAACCGACAGUUCCCCCUCCCCCUCUGAAAGGAGGAAGAGGAGGGUGCUCGAGGCGUCCGAUUUCUUGAUCGACCCGGUCCCAGAGGGAGACGCGUGCUCGAUCGAGAUCGGGGCGAGAAAAUUGGCGGGAUUGGCGGGCAAGGCUCGCCGAUACUGCGAACGAGUGAUCUCGAGCCACGAUUACAGCCGAAUACGAACGGACGUGGAGGCGUUCGUGGAGGAGUGCCUCGACGAGAGCGAAAGCUUGAGAGAGGCGAGGAUCGGCGGCGACGAGAAGGGAAGGCGAGGUCGAGGUUCGAGGAGCAUCGCGCAGCGGAAGAGGAUGGCGUUGGCCAAUUACUUCAAAACGUUGGCAACCCGCCUGGGCGUCUCGUACAGGGUCGGGGUGCUCGCGUGGAAGAAUCGAAGGGACGAGGUGGUGAAUCUCGCCUGCCCCCCCCUCGAUCUGGCCGAGUUGAUCCUCCAAGAGUUGUUUCUCCAAGGAGAGAGGGGAGGGGGCAGAGGGCUGGCCGAGGAAUGGCACGAUUGCGACAGGUAUUAUUACGGCUCCAUGGUCAAAAUGAACUUCCUCGACGGGUUGCUGAACAGCGGGAGGGGGGGGUUGGAGGCGCGGGACGCGGAGCGCUGCCGCGGCCUCUCCGCCCACCUCGCCCUCCUCGCCCACCGCCAGAAGGAGACGAUCGCCAAGUUCCUGGACGGGUUGCUCCCGCUCUGUCUCCAAGUGUCGAACCUUGGCUCGAUGACGAGGGUUGGUCCCUCGAGCGGAGUCCUCGAUCCCUCCAAAGUUUCGCGUAUAUUGGAAUUUUCGCGCGGGAUGGGCAUCCCUGACCUCGUCGAGGCGUUGAGAGGAGGAGGGGGAGGAGGGGAAGGAGGAGAGAGAUCGGCGAGAAUCGUGGAAUUCGCGAGGACGGAAGGCGUCGAGGAUAUCCCCGGAUUGGCGGAGGUUCUGAGGGGGGAGGGGAUAAUUCCCGCGCAGAGGGAAUUUCGGAACGCGGCGAGCAAUUUCCAAGGGUUGUUGGAAGUGUUGCAGAUAUCCGUGAAGCAGAUCGUCGUAUUUCUGGAGAGUUGUCCGAUCGACGAGGGUGUCGAGGAGGGGGAGGGGGGCCUCGAUUUGAACGAGGCGCGUGUGCCGAUGUUGAGGGACGGGGGCGUGUCGAGGAGCGCGGCGGCCUCGAUGAAGGGUUGCCUGGAGUUGGUAAGGGGGAUAGCGAGCGAGUCGAGUCGAUGGGUCUCGAUCGAGAGGAGGGUGGAGCGAUCGGGUGGAGGAGUGCUGUUGUCCCAUCGGGGGCGCGUCGAAUUCUUGGGGGCGAGUUAUCGACGGAUCGAUCGGGUGAAGCGGGAGCUGAUCGAGCUGGGGCGGGCGUUCACCGACGAUCACCCGAUCGCCGAGAACGUGCGAUUCCUGAUCGGGAAGAUCGACGAGAGCAACGAGGUAUUCGGAUCGGUGCCUCGGGCCCCCUCGGCGGGGCGACCGAGCGGGCCGGAAGAUUGGAGGAGGGAGAAGGGGUACGAGGCGAAGUUGGACGCGCUGGUCACCCAAAUCCUUCUCGUCGUUCAGAAGAAGGUUCAGAAUUGCCGGAAAAUCGGCGACCGGUUGAUCGAUGAAAGGGAACCCGAGGGAAGCGUCGUCGAGGAGAAUCUGAUUACCGAGAGGUUGGUGGAAUCGUUGGAGAAGGCCGUUCCGCAGUUGCGUUUGAACACGGUGUCACGAAUGCUCGGCGAAUUGUUGGAAAUUAUUCACGAAUCCGAUGUCGUAUCUGCGAAUCAUCGUGUGAGAUCCCUUUUGCGGUAUCUACCUCUCCUCGAACAAUACGCCCUCCUUCUCCGCUACUAUCUCUACGAGCAAGUGGCAUGCUUCCGUCUCACUUGCAAAUUCCUCUAUCUUCAAUUGAACGUGUUCCUCGAGCUGGCUGCCAACGGUUUCUGCCUACCGAAGGACGAGGACGAGGCUGAGCGCGGGGAGGAGGGGAAGAACGUCGAAGGGGGGAUGGGACUGGCCGAGGGCGAGGGGCGGGAGGACGUGUCCGAGAGGAUCGAGAGCGAGGAUCAGUUGGAGGGGGCCAGGGAUCCGAACGAGGAGGGGAGGGGCGAGGAGGAAGGGAAGAAGGAGAUGAGGGAGGAGGAGAAAGGGAUAGAGAUGUCGGAAGAUUUCGAAGGGACGGUGCAGGAUAUCGAGGGGCGAAGGGACGAAGAGGAGGAAGAGAAGGACGAGGAGGACGACGACAUCGAUAAGGAAAUGGGGGAGACCGAUGAAACUGCCGACAAAUUGGACGAAGAGAUUUGGAAGGACGAGGAGGAGGAGGAGGAGCAGGUGGACGAGGAUAAGGAGAAUGAAAGGGAGGAGAGGGGGAGAGGUGAGAAGACUGGGAAAGAGGAAUUGAGCGCGAAGGACGAGGGUAAAGGUAAAGAUGGGGACGAGGAAAAGGAAGUGGAGGGUGAAAGGGAGGGGGAAGAGAAGAAAGAGAUCAACGAAUUCGAAGAGCCAGAGGUAAACGAGGAUCAGAUAGACCCGUAUCACGGAAAAAUUAGGCCGGAAAUAGAGCCGGAACCUUUCGAGCUUCCGGAGGAUGUUAAUCUGGACGAGGAAGGGAAGGAGGACAAUCCUGAGGGCGAAGAGGAGGAAGACCCCUUCGACAUCGAUCAGAUGAAAGAGUCGAAAAUUUCGGAAGAAAUGGAGGAGGAGACUGAAGAGAAAGAAGGCUCUGAGGAAGAUAAAAGAAAGGAGUCUGGUGAUGAUGAUGAUGAUGAUGAGGAGGAGGAGGAGGAAGAAGAUUCAAACUUGGACGGUGACAAAAGAAAAGAGGAGAAAGUUGAGAAAGAUGAGAAAAAUGAAAAAAACCUCGAGGAAGAGAAAGAAGAUGAGAAGAAUGUGGAAGAAGAGGAAGAUAUGGCGCCAGCGAGUUGCGACGCGGGUAGCAAAGAGGUGGACGCCUCUCAGGAAGUUGAAUCGAGGAAAGAUGGCUCGAGGGAUGCGGUGGAAAGUCGAUCGAACGAGGAGCAAAUGGAGAUAAAUCCGACGGAAAAUUGCAUGGAGAGUAAAAAGGAUAAAGGAACGGGUCAAUCGCAAACGGAAGAACGCGAGGGACAUUCUGGAUCUAAGCAGGAGGAGAAUGUCCCUACUUCCGGCGAAGAGGUAUCUUUGAAACAAGCGCCGAAACGAAGAAGGCCAGGCCAAAGUGAUGAAAAACGUAGCUUGCCCGAUGACGACGCCCGAUCUUCAGCAAAGAAAUUAAAAACCGCCGAGAUACAUGAUCGAGACACCGAGGAGGAAAGUGAGAAGAAUAAAGGCGGCGGUGAAAGCGAGACUUACGAGCAUAUCAAAAGUUCAGAGAAACACGACGAUUACGCUUUUGAUGCCGCGACCGAGGAACAAAUUAAGAAACAGGCAUCGAACUUGGAAGAUAAAGAGGAUAAAAUGGACGAUCAAUUGGAAGAUGAUGACGUUAAAAUGCACGAGGAUCCAGAACCGAACGAUCGAGAGGAAGAAACGAAGAAGGAACAAUCUCAGAAAUUGUCUGAAAGUAAGAAAGAAAAAUCGACGAACGCGAGAGGCGAAAGAACGGACGACGCGGAGCAGCAAAUCGAGAUAGGGGGUGAAGUUGAAGGGGAAAACGUGGAAACGAUUCGUGUUUUACGAGGGAAUGAAUCUACCAUUCAUACAAAAUUAUCGGAGACAGAGUUGCACGACGUUUCCACGGAUGACAUUGCACGGAAGAGGUCCGAGAUAGAAAAUAUGUUGGGCCAAUGGUCUCAUGGGCCGUCUUCGAUAGAGGCGGCGAAUGCUUGGAAUUCUAUAAGCGCCAUAACCGAAUCAGCUGCCAGGGAAUUGUCGGAAAAAUUACGUUUGGUAUUGGAACCGACGUUAACUUCUCGAUUGAAAGGCGAUUACAGAACUGGCAAGCGUAUAAACAUGAGAAAAGUGAUCCCGUAUAUAGCCAGUGAAUUUCGUAAAGACAAAAUUUGGUUGAGGCGUACGAAACCGUCGAAAAGAGAUUAUCAGAUCGUGUUGGCUAUCGAUGAUUCGAGCAGUAUGGCCGACAACCACUCGAAGGAAUUGGCAUUUGAAUCGCUUUCGUUGAUUGGCAAAGCUAUGACUUAUUUGGAGGUUGGUCAACUCGCUGUUGUCAAUUUCGGGGAACGGGUGAACAUACUUCAUCCUUUCGGGGAAAACUUUACAGAGGAAAGUGGCGCUAGGUUGAUUCAAGAAAUGAAAUUUGAACAAAAAAAGACAAUGAUCGGCCAGUUGCUUGAUUUCACGAUAGAAAUGUUCGCAUCUCAAAGCAGUUCUUCUGACAAUGCCAAAUUGGUUACUAUUUUAUCGGAUGGUAGAGGAAUAUUCUCCGAAGGGAUAGAAACGGUGACUACAGCUGUGAGAAAAGCUAAAUUGUUGAAUAUAUUUCUCGUCUUCAUAAUAGUCGAUAAUCCUCUCAACAAGGAUUCGAUACUUGAUAUUAGGAUGCCAGUUUUUGAUGGUGGUAAAUUAUUAGGUAUACGUUCCUAUAUGGAUAACUUCCCAUUUCCAUUUUACAUUAUUCUUAGAGAUUUGAAUAGCUUGCCUGUUGUGUUGAGUGAUGCAUUACGACAAUGGUUUGAAAUUGUAGGUAGAAUUGAUACCUAAAAACAGUAAUAUUUCAAUAUAAAUAGAUUUCUUUUUUUUUAUGUUUUGCAUUU